GUCAUAUCUCCCAGUAACUGGAAGAAGACAUGUUUAGAUCUGAUGUAAGGAUUGGUCCCAGUGGUAGGCUUUAUGUUCCAUUAGAUACAUCAAAUAAAGACCGGUACAGACAUCUUGAAGACAACCACAGUCCUCAUUAUUCCACUCUUUCCAAAAGACAAUGAAACACAAUGAAAAGUAUGAACGUUGGGCUGUAUAUAUCUCUGUAUUCAUAAGUAUAGCAUCGAUCACAAGUUCUGGUUUCCUUCUCUAUUUGUUUUCAUCAACAAAGGCUAAACUUGCUGACGUUUUCUGUGUACCAUGUGAUAAACUAAACUUUUCUACAUUCCCAAAUGAAACUGAAAAAAAAUAUAAAAUGUUAGAUAAGGAUUACGAAAAUGGCGAGAAAGUUUGUUGUGGUUCGACAACACAAUCAACCGAAGCUUUGUUGGAUUUGAUAUCUGACAGAAAACUGAGAGAAUCCAAAAUACAAGAGAGAAAUGAUGAAAUACGAGAUGGUUAUAUUAAAGGCAGCCAAAUAAGUGCACAUAUUUUAAUGAGUGGUUAUGACGAUAAAUUACAAGAGAAACGUCCCGCCGAGCUUUUGAAAGACCGGAAAUUGAGUCAUUUCAAUGGAGUAAAUAUAACACAUGAUCGUAUUAAUAUCCGUACUAAAGGAAAGUAUUUCCUCUACUGUCAGCUGUAUUUUAAGGUUAUAUUAGGAACCAAUCUAGACAAACAAGAAGGCAUUUUAUCUUAUCAAAUCAGGCGAUACAAUUCCAAGUUGCCCAAUUAUUACACAGAGAAGCUGUUAGAGAGCAAGUUUACUGUUCAAUUUAAAGAUGGUAAAAUAGAUGAUAAUGAUAAUAAGACAGACUUUCUGUCCGGUAUAUUUAAUUUUGAAGCUGGUGAUCAGUUAUAUGUAAUGUAUCUUGAAGAAGAGAUGUCUAGAACUGAUAAAUCAAUUAGAGACAAGUACAGGCGCCGUACUGUAUAUCUCUCUGUAUUCAUUAGUAUAGCAUCGAUCACAAGUUCUGGUUUCCUUCUCUAUCUGUUUUCAUCAACAAAGGCUAAACUUGCUGACGUUUUCUGUGUACCAUGUGAUAAACUAAAAUGUUCUACAUUCCCAAAUGAAACUGAAAAAAAAUGUAAAAUGUUAGAUAAGGAUUACGAAAAUGGCGAGAAAGUUUGUUGUGGUUCGACAACACAAUCAACCGAAGCUUUGUUGGAUUUGAUAUCUGAAAGAAAACUGAGAGAAUCCAAAAUACAAGAUAGAAAUGAUGAAAUACGAGAUGGUUAUAUUAAAGGCAGCCAAAUAAGUGCACAUAUUUUAAUGAGUGGUUAUGACGAUAAAUUACAAGAGAAACGUCCCGUCGAGCUUUUGAAAGACCGGAAAUUGAGUCAUUUCAAUGGAGUAAAUAUAACACAUGAUCGUAUUAAUAUCCGUACUAAAGGAAAGUAUUUCCUCUACUGUCAGCUGUAUUUUAAGGUUAUAUUAGGAACCAAUCUAGACAAACAAGAAGGCAUUUUAUCUUAUCAAAUCAGGCGAUACAAUUCCAAGUUGCCCAAUUAUUACACAGAGAAGCUGUUAGAGAGCAAGUUUACUGUUCAAUUUAAAGAUGGUAAAAUAGAUGAUAAUGAUAAUAAGACAGACUUUCUGUCCGGUAUAUUUAAUUUUGAAGCUGGUGAUCAGUUAUAUGUAAUGGAUGAAUCUCAGCAUUGGCUUUCAAGUAUUCUAUUAUUGCCUGAAAUUAGAUAAUUCUAAAGAAACGAUGAAAUCAAAAUACCGGGUAACCUCCCUUCAACAGCCUGGGCUAAAAUAGAUAUUGACAUUGAUUCAGAACAGGGUUUCAUUGCACCAAGUUUCGUCUGGAGUGUGUUCGAGCUAAAAGUCGAAGAACAAGAACAAUAGUUCACGUUAGGAUUGUUGUGAUAUUAAAACAUUGUAGUAAGUUUCGUCAAAAUCCUUCAAGAAUUGAGACUUGAUGUGUUUCCAAGCUAACGGUUUUAUACAUUUCGAAGAACAGGGCAGAUGAAUCAUAUCAAAUUGUAGAUAGUUUUUGUCAAAAUCUGUCAAGAAUUGUACCUUCUACACUGUUUACGAGGGAAAUUCUAUGAAAAUAUGUUCAAAUUAAAACAGAAAACAUAUUAUCAGAAAUAGUCUUAUAGUAGUAGAUAUUAUAAUUACAGACAAUCACCACCUCUCAAUACAGAUAAUACUAGCAUAAGCUUUCAUUUAAUUGUAGACUACCUUGCGCCUGUUUUUAAUUCAGAAAAGAGAUAAGGAUAUCUAAAACGGACGGAUAUUGAAGGUGUUCCUUUAUAAACUACUCAGAUAAGUGUGACUUCACAUCACUUUAUUACUGUAAUAAAGCAUAUUUUCCAAUUAGUGACGUCACCAAACACUUAGUUUUAGUGGAAUUGCAGGAACCACAGACGUUUGGCUGAAAAUUAGAACGGUGAAAAUGAUGCUAUACAUAAAUUUUUAGUACCUCUUAAUAAUUCUUUUAAGAAAUUAAAGAAGAGACUAUGAUUGUGUAGUACAAGGAAUUGAAAGAUAAUCAAAAUAUGUUAGGAUUGUCAUAAUUAUAUCACUUGUUAUAUCUUGUAAUUUACUACCAUUUCUGUAUUGUUCUAUUUUCUGUGAUACACCUUUAAGUAAAAAUUAGAUUUUAUAUGAUUUUGUAUAUACAAACAAUACAACUUUUGUAAUACAUUUGUACUUAUUAACAGCAAUGAAAUAUAUAUAUAUAUGU